AGCGGUAUUGAGGUGUAUGCAAGCGUACCUGCAGCAGCGAGCAUCCUCUUGGCACAAAUGCCGGCCAUGACAGCCAACCUCGGCGCUAGAAGCCGAGCCACGAAGCCCCCGAACGAUGGCGCAACAACCGUGCAGCAGAACCCCCAAUCCAACUCAACGCUCAUCACUGGCAGUAGUAUACGCUCUUCGUAAGUACAUUUCAUUGAUUCUAUCAGCUACAGUCAUUACUCCUCUUUCAGAUCCUCUUCGCUCUCCAUCUCCCUGUCGUAUAUCAAUUCCCUCCAUGCGACCAAGAUGACCUCCUUCCUCCCAACCUUCAUAAACAUAGGCCGCUCAAGCACGCACAAACUCCACCAGACAGUCUACCGCAACAUCCUCCGCCGCCAUCAACAGACGCGCCUCAACUCGAAUGCCAGCCCCUCCACCAUCCGCAAUGCGUCAACGUCAACGUCCACCUCCACCACAGCACCCCCUCCUCAAACCAUCCCCAUCCCCGGCUGGCCCUGGAUCACCACCCCCUUCCGCGCGUACAGCGCCAUGCAAUCCCGGCGGCCCCUCCUCACCCAACUCGAAAGCACGCUCGUCAUCUACUUCCUCGGCGACCUCUCCGCGCAAACCGUCGCGACCGCCUCCUUCACCACGGGCUCUUACGAACCCAUCCGCGGGCUCAAAGCCCUCGCCAUAGCCUCCAUCCUGUCUUUGCCCAGCUACGCCUGGUUCAUGUUCCUCGGCCGGCACUUCAACUUCCCGGGUCGACAUUGGUUGAGCAUCGGGGUGAAGAUCUUGGUGAAUCAGCUCGCGUUCACGCCGGUGUUUAGUACGUGUUUCUUCGGGCUGCAGAGCCUGUUGUCGGGCGGGAGUUUGCGGGAGAGUGCGCGGCGGGUGAGGGAGACGGUGCCGAUCAGUUGGACGAAUAGCUGGAAGAUCUGGCCGCUGGUGACGGCGGUGAGUUUCACGUGGGUGCCGGCGCGGAACCGGAGUGUUUUUGCCGGGGCGUUUGGGGUGGGGUGGCAGACGUAUCUGAGUUGGUUGAAUAAGAAUGCGGAGGCGGUGGAGGGGGGAGGGCAAAAGGCUGGGAAGGGUGUGACGGCGGCGAAGGCGUGAGAUUGGCGAAGGGAGAAGAUGUGGGACGAACGACUCGCGUGAAGCAGCCACUUCACGGUUGCGGAUGCCAGCGCUUUCUGACAAUCACGACAAGCUCGAGGCCCGCGGAUGUUUGGUUGCCCAAGACCGCGAUUUGCGGAAUCGAGCCUUACCAUGCGAACGACGUACUGCUCCAUGGGUAAACCGGCCUUUCAUACACGGCUCGAUUGUCGGCCAAGGCUGAUUCACACCGAUGGCCCUGCGACAAGCCAUUGCGCAGCAGAGUAUGUAGAGGUCGUGAAUUGGUGGCUGUAUGACGGUCGGCCUCUGUAGAGCAGACUACAACAGUAGAGCAUAGAGCAGACGAUAGAACAGGGUGAAGCCUGCGAUGCCCUGCGAUGUGAGCAAGUCUGAAGC